GAUGGGAAUCAAGAUGACAGCAUAUCUACCACGUCAUGUGAUCCAUUACACACCCAAGGAGGUCCAGUCACGUGAGUUAGAGCUAAGAAGAUGCAUGAAGCUUUAAAUGGCCUUAUUGAGCAGAUCUGGGUUGAAAACAACAUACAACAAGCAAAUCGAAGUUUGGAUGAUUAUCAAGGCAUGAUAAACAUCAUUCAGGUUCAAGAGAAGCUUAAUUGUGAGGUCAUUUAUGCUAAAUUACACAGUUUGCGUCAAUCUCGCAAUUCUGUCGCAAUUUGUAACAAAUUGAUAUUUCAUGUUACUUUAGGCUACUUUUAGUGAUUUUCACGUUUUUUAUAUUAUUUUGGGCUAAACAUUCAUUUAUUUAAGGCCCAAUUCGUGGUUAUUAUGAUUAGGGCUUAGGGUGUUAGUUUCCUAUUCUGAUUAGAAUUACUUUUCCCUAUUUAAAGGGGCUUGUAACCCUAAUUGAGGGAGGCAAUUGAAUUUGAUAAAGGAAAAUUGUGAAAAGGGUUAAAUGAAGACAAAAGAGAGAAGUAGGUAGAUCUAUUGUGAUUAGAUCUGGGCAUGGGAGUUUGAUGGGGAAAGUUUUGAGUAAUGGGCAAUGGGUCACAAAUGGAGAAAAAAUUAGAUGAGGAAGAUCAUGGGUUCAAGAAGGCUGGUCACAACCGAGGAAGAGAAAAAGAAAGAGACUCGAUGGUGGCAAAACUCUUUUUUUAUUUUUUAUUUUUUCUUUUAUUCUACCCUUGGUGCUUUGUUUCUCCCUUUCUCUCUUGGAACAUGACUUUUGAGUCUUUUUUCUCUUUUGUGUUUCUGAUGAUCAUUUCCUUAUCUAUACUUGAUUCAAUCUUUGAAAAUCUAGUCUUCAGUGUCGAUCAUUGGAGAGGAAAAUUUGAGCUGGAUUUUGAGAUAAAUGGCAAUCCUCCAUGUGGUUUCAAAAUCAAUGUUCAUUGUCAAACCUCAAGGAGCAUUGAUGUUCCUUUAGUGCUUGUGGUUCGGCUUUGCACUUGGCGAGGAUGGGAAAAUGUUUUUUUUUUUUUUUUUUGUAUAUGGAAUUCUUUCUCUGGUUCAAAUUUUGGGUUUCAAGAAUUAGGUUUUUUCUUGGCAUUUGUUGUUGAUUUUGAUAAGAAAAGUGGGUAACAUUUUGUUGGAGAUUAAAUAUGUAGUUCAAGAAAUCAAAUGAGAAUGAUUACAACAGAUCUUCUCCAUUAUCUCUUGAUUUUCAUCAUCACUUCUUCACACUUUUCUUGUGUUUGGCAUCAUCUCCCUUACUCUUUCUCAUGAGUCUCGUUGUCUGGUGUUGGCAUUGUUACCUCCACGCUGUUCUUUGGUGAGUUUAGGAGUUGUCAAAUCAUUCAAUGUUUCCAUUUAUUCUCAUAGAUUCAAUUUCAAAUUUGUCUAAUUUAUUGUUUUUAAACAAGGGUUUUUACUUUCUACUCUAUUGAUCUCUGGCAUCUUAUUUGCCUCGCCUCUCCGUAUGUUAUUCGGUGAGUUUAUAAUUUAUUCUUGCAGAUUUUUAGGUUUUCAAUUUAUAUAAUAAAUUGGAUAUGAACUAGGUUCCUUUAUUCUCUGCUUUAUCAAGUCACAUUGUUGUAUGCAAUUUGGUGUGUUUAUUGUCGAAUGUUCGAUUUUCUCUUUCAAUUUAUUCAUGCAAAUUUUUAGGUUUUCAAUUUGUGUAAUUAAUUGUAAUAGAACUAGGUUCUUUAC